ACAUUUCUUAGGUUGCUGUGCUGUCAUUGUGCUGAUGACCCUCUCCUCUGUGUCUCAGCAGACUCAAAUCAUGUUGGCUCUAACUUCCUGGUGCCUGGCUGAGAUGGCUAACACUUAAUCUGGGCAAGAUGAAAGGGAUGCUGGUUGCUGGUGAAAGGAACCAUCUAGAGAACUGCACUGUUCUGCAAGUGAGAUCCACACCCUAUGGAAUCUCGGGUGGCAGGAGUACCUUCAACCUCUGAAUUUGUCUAGGACUCUGCAAACUGCCCUCUCUGAUGUGGAGCUCCCUGCAGUCAGUGAUGCCUUGGGAAUCUCUGUCUGAUCACUGCACUGAGCACAACCUGGGGCUGUCUUUGGAGGCCAUGUGUGAGCUUCAGCUAGGGCAGAAGGCAGCUGCUCAUUUAGUGAGCAAUGCAGAUGGUACAGGGUGUAUCCCCUGCCCUGUGUGGAAGAUGCUGGCUUUUGACUUGCCUCCAGGUGCAAUUCAAGGGGUUGACUUUGAUCUCUAACCCUGUAUGCUGUGGAUCCUGGAAGCAGGACCAGGAUGACGAUGCUGAUGAUGUGGAGAUUGCCAUCGAGAACACGGGGUUCAUGGACGAGUUCUUCUCCGAGAUUGAAGAAACCCGACAAAAUAUCGAGAAAAUUGCAGAGAAUGUGGAGGGGGCAAAAAAGCUGUACAGUAUCAUCCUGUCCGCCCCCAUCCCUGAGCAAAAGACGAAAGAUGACCUGGAGCAGCUCACGGCAGAGAUAAAAAAAAUAGCCAACAGUGUCCGAAACAAGCUUAAGAGCAUGGAGCGGAGCAUUGAGCAGGAUGAGGUCCAGUCGUCAGCGGAUCUGCGGAUACGGAAAUCCCAGCAUUCUGUCCUUUCCCGGAAGUUUGUCGAUGUGAUGACCAAGUACAACGAGGCACAGGUCGACUUCCGAGAACGUAGCAAAGGGCGGAUCCAGCGGCAGCUCGAGAUCACUGGGAAGAAUACAACGGAUGAGGAGCUGGAGGAGAUGCUAGAGAGUGGAAACCCCUCGAUAUUCACAUCUGGGAUCAUGGAUUCGCAGAUCUCAAAGCAGGCACUGAGUGAGAUCGAGGGGCGGCACAAGGACAUUGUGCGGCUUGAGAGCAGCAUCAAGGAGCUUCACGACAUGUUUGUGGACAUCGCCAUGCUGGUGGAAAACCAGGGCGGGGUCCUAGAUAACAUAGAGCUGAACAUGAUGCAUGCGGUAGACCACAUAGAGAAAGCGCGCGAUGAGACCAAAAAGGCUCUGGUAUACAAGAAAAAGGCACACAAGGGAGCCAUGAUCGACCGCAUAGAGACCAACAUGGACCAGUCGGUGGGCUUUGUGGAACGGGCCGUGGCUGACACCAAAAAGGCUGUGAAAUACCAGAGCGAGGCCAGAAGGGUGAGAACGACCAAUCACAGCCCCAUCCAGUCUCCACCUCCUGCCAAUCAAUGGUCCCGUCUCACCCUUCUCAGAUGCCAUCCAAUCUUGAAUCAUCCCACCAACCAAAAUCCCACCCCAUCUAGUCUCCCAUCCCACCAAUCACAGUCCCCCAUCCAACCUCCACUCACCAGUCAAAGCCCCCAUCUCACCCUUCUCAGAUCCAUCCAAUCGUGACCCAUCCUAUAAACCAAAGCCCCACCCCAUCACCUCGACACCACCAAUCACAGCUCCCUGUCCAGUCCCCAGGCAUGUCAAUCAAAGGUUCCCAUCUCACUCUUCUGUCACCCAUCCAACCAUGACCCAUCCCAUCAACCAAAGCCUCACUGCAUCCAGCACCCACCCACCAGUCAAAGUCCUUUUCCCAUUCCACCCCCUCAGCCUCCCCCCCCACCUCCCAAAAUCUUCUCAGUCCCCUCCAGUCAUCCUCCUCCAUCCCACCCCUCUCUGACCUUGCUGGUCUCCAUCCCAUCCCUGUUCCAGCCCCCUCCCUGCUUGGAAAGGACCAAUGGCUCUCAAAGGUAUUAUGAUUUCCAGGGGAGUAAGCCACCUGAAUACUUUUUUGAGCACCUGGGCCAAUGGGUCUAGCUGGCAAAGGUCCAGAGCAAAUCCAGGGGCCCCGGUGACCCCUUGGUUUCUCAGUAAUAUUUCCCCAUCCCUUGCUCCAGCUUCCUGUGC